AUGGACGCCCAGUUGAGAGUUUGUAUCGACAUGUUCCUGCAAGAGCCUGAUUCUCUUGCAUUUGCACAAGCAGCACUCGCACCUGCUCUACAGGAUACACGGACGCGAAAGACUUACCUCACAACAAUCUCAGAGAGAUGCUACAGCGCUUUUAGAGCAACGUCCAUAUCGCCCUAUCUUAGAAAGGCUAUCAGUCUCUUGCAGAUCCUUGUGGACACUGAUUUACACAGUCCUCCGUAUUCAUCUCGUCCGACAGAUCUUGGUGGCAUGCUGGCACAGAAAUUUGGCCUCUUCGAGGACUCCGACGACCCGAUGAAGUCAUUGUCCACCUCAGAGAUGCUGCCAUCUUGUCCGACCAAGAAAGUGAUCGAACCAAAGCCAUUACUUCCUUCCUUCAGCCGAAGCUUGACCUCGUGCUCGAGCCACACUGGCACGAAAUCAAUCGAACGCAUGUCAACGGAAAGAGAGUUUGAACAAGAACAUGCCCUCAAGAACAUGCCGGGUAUGUCAGCCCUUGCUUCAACAGCGGCGCUCCGCGGGGGCAAAGGCGACGAGCACGCGCUGGACAUCCUGGAAGCGGGUCGCGGUAUCACGGCUGGUCUGAUCAUGGACGCCCGCAGUGACUUGUCUGAGUUGGCAGCUGCUUACCGAGAUAGCCUUUAA